GGCGGGGCCUGAUGGGAGAUCCGCUCAGGCUUCAAAACGGCCGUUUCGGUUGACUUAGUCCAUGGAAACCGAAUUCCUCCUCCAUGGAUACGAGCUGGGGCCUAACCUCACCGAUGAGUGUCGGGCGAGCUUUCUGGAUGCCCGAGGGACCUUUCAGCCUGCGCAGCCUCAAGAGCUUGUGCCAAUGCCCUGCCACUUCUGUGAAGGCCCACAAGGCCCGGGAGGAGCCUCAGAGCCCCCGUGGGCCCUUGCACCACCGCCUCGAGAGGGUGCUCGGAGCCCUGCUCGGGAACUGGUCGCCAACGAGGUGUGGAACCCCUCCUUGCUGGAACUGCACCGAGAGAGUGGUAAUAAUACAGACUACUGUUUGUCGACCCUCCACUAGGCACCGGCUGUCGGGGCUUGGGCAGGGGGUGGAAUUAAGGCCCAGAUGUCCUCUAUUAUACUUCCGCCUCCCAGGUUCAAGCGAUUCUCCUGCUUAAGCAUCCCAAGUAGCUGUGGUUAUAGGCAUGCUCCACCACACCCAGCUAAUUUUUUUUGUAUUUUUAGUAGAGACGGGGUUUCUUUAUGUUGGUCAGGCUGGUCUUGAACUCCUGACCUCAGGUGAUCUGCCCACCUCGGCCUCCCAAAGUGCUGGGAUUACAGGCAUGAGCCACCAUGCCUGGCCUAUUUUGUGUUUUUAAUCAUAGCCAUUCUCACUGAGUAAACAUGGUAUCUCAUUGUGGUUUUAAUUUGCAUUUCCCUGUGGUUAGUGACAUUGAGCAUUUUUUCAUAUACCUGUAUGUCUUCUUUGGAGAAAUAUCUAUUUAUGUCCUUUGGCCACUCUUGAUUGAUUGAUUGGUGUCAGGGUUUUGCUCUGUUGCCCAGGCUGGAGUGCAGUGGCGCAAUCAUGAGUCACUGCAGCCUCCACUUCCUGGGCUCAAUGAUUCUCCUGCCUCAGCCUCUGGAAUGGCUGAGAUCACAGGCACAUGCCACUAUGGCCAGCUAAUGUGUGUGUGUGUGUGUGUAUGUGUGCGCGCAUGUGUUUCUGAGAUGCGGAUGGGAGUGCAGUGGUGCAAUCACUGCUCAUUGUAGCCUCAACCUCCUGGGUCAAGUGAUCAUCCCACCUCAUUUUUAAAAUUUUUGUUAGAGAUGAGGUCUCACUAUGUUGCCCAGGCUGGUCUUGAACUCUUGGGCUCAAGUGAUCCUAUCACCUUGGCCUCCCCAAGUGCUGGGAUUACAGGCGUGAGCCACCAGACCCAGCCUAAUUUUUGUAUUUUUUUGUAGAAAUGGGGUUUUGCUAUGUUGCCCAGGCUAGUCUCAAACUCCUGGGCUCAAGUGGUCCACUUACAUAAGCCUCCCAAAGUGUUAGGAUUACAGGCAUGAGCCAUUAUGCCUGACUCUUUGCCCACUUUUAAAUGGAAUUAUUAUUAUUUUUUACUGUUGAGGUGUUUGAGUUCCUUGUGUAUUCUGGAUAUUAAUUCUCUGUUGGAUGAAUAGUUUGCAAAUAUUUUCUUCCAUUCAACAGGUUGUCUUUUCACUCCAUUGUCUCCUCUGAUGUGCAGAAGCUUUUUAGUUUAAUAUAGUCCAGUUUGUCUACUUUUUUGUUGCCUGUGCUUUUGAAGUCUUAGCCAUAAAAUGUUUACCAGUCUCCUGAAAUGCUGCUCCUAUGUUUUCUUCUACUAGUUUUAAGGUUUCUGGCCUUAUGUUUAAGUCUUUAAUUCACCUUCCUUUUUUUUUUUUUGAGACAGAGUCUUGCUCUGUUGCCAGGCUGGUGCACAGCGGCACAGUCUCGGCUUACUGCAGCCUCUGCCUCCCAGCUUCAAGUGAUUCUUCCGCCUCAGCCUCCCAAGUAGCUAGGACUACAGGCACGUGCCAAACGCCCGGCUAAUUUUUGUAUUUUUAGUAGAGAUGGGAGUUGGCCAGGAUGGUCUCAAUCUCUUGACCUCGUGAUCCACCUGCCUCGGCCUCCCAAAGUACUGGAAUUACAGGCGUGAGCCAUGGCGCCCAGCCUUUAAUCCAUCUUGAGUUGAUUUUUGUACAUAGUGAAAGGUAGGAGUUAGUUGCAUUCUUUUGCAUAUGGAUAUCCAAUUUUCCCAGCACCAUUUAUUGAAGAGAAUGUCCUUUCCCCAUUGAGUGUCCUUGACACCAUGUUGAAAAUCAAUUGGCUGUAAAUGUUGGAUCUACUUCUGUGUUUUUUAUUUUGUCUCAUUUUAUACCUGUUUUGAUACCAAUACCAUGCUAUUUUGGUCACUAGAGCCUUGUAAUAAGAUGUAUUAUUACUAUCUGAAGUCAGAUAGUAUAAUGUCUCCAGCUUUCUUUUUACUUAGGAUUGCUUUGGCUAUUCGAGCUCAUUUUUGGUGCCAUAUGAAUUUUAGAAUUUUUUCCAUAUGAAUUUUAGGAUUACUUUGUGAAAAAUUACAUUGGUAUUUUGAUAGGGAUUUUAUUGAAUCUGUAGAUUGCUUUGGGUUGUAUGGUCAUUUUAACAAUAUUAAUUUUUUCUGAUCCAUGAGCAUGGAUUGUCUUUCCAUUUCUUUAUGUCCUCUUCAAUUUCUUUCAUCAAUAUUCUUUAGUUUUCAUUGUAGAGGUUUUUCACUUAUUUGGUUAAAUUCUUUUUCUAGGUAUUUUAUUUUCUUGUAGCUAUUAUAAAUGGGAUUUCCUGUUGAUUUCUUUCUCAGCUAGUUUAUUAUUGACAUACAGAAAUGCUACUAAUUUUCGUAUGUUGAUUUUGUAUCCUAAAACUUUCUUUUUUUCUUUUUCUUUUUUUUUUUUUUUUUUGAGAUGGAGUCUUAUUCUGUAGCCUAGGCUGGAGUGCAGUGGCACAAUCUCACCUCACUGCAACCUCUGCCUCCGUUCAAGCAAUUCUCCUGUUUCAACCUCCUGAGUAGCUUCUGGCUACAGGCACAUGCCACCAUGCCCAGCUAAUUUUUAUGUUUUUAGUAGAGACAGGGUUUCAUCAUAUUGGUCAGGCUGGUCUUGAACUCCUGACCUUAAGUGAUCCUCCUGCCUUGGCCUCCUAAAGUGCUAGGAUUAUGGGCAUGAGCCAUCGUACCCGGCUGUAUCCUACAACUUUAUUGAACUUAUGUAUCCGAUCUAAGAGUUUUUGGUGGAGUCUAGGUUUUUCUAGAUACAAGAUCAUGUCAUCUGCAAAGAGGGACAGUUUUACUUCCUCUUUUCCAAUUUGGGUGCCUUUUGUUUCUGUUGCCUGAUUGCACUGGCCAAGACUUCCAGUACUGUGUUGAAUAGGAAUGGUGAAAAUAGAGAUCCUUGUUUUGUUUCAGUUUUUAGAGGAAAAGCUGAAGGCUAUGAUGGUAUGAUGUUAACUGUGGGUUUGUCAUACAUAGCCUUUAUUAUGUCAAGGUAUUAAUAUACCCCUUCAAUGCCUAGUUUGUUGAGAGUUUUUUGUUUUGUUUUGUUUGAGACGGAGUUUCGCUCUUGUUACCCAGGCUGGAGUGCAAUGGCGCAAUCUCGGCUCACCGCAACUUCCGCCUCCUGGGUUCAGACAAUUCUCCUGCCUCAGCCUCCUGAGUAGCUGGGAUUACAGGCACACACCACCAUGCCCAGCUAAUUUUUUGUAUUUUUAGUAGAGACGGGUUUCACCAUGUUGACCAGAAUGGUCUCGAUCUCUUGACCUCGUGAUCCACCCGCCUCGGCCUCCCAAAGUGCUGGGAUUACAGGCUUGAGCCACUGCGCCCGGCCUGUUGAGAGUUUUUAUCAUGAAGAGAUUUUGAAUUUUAUCAAACUACAUCUCUUGAAAUGAUCAUACGGUUUUUAUCCUUUAUUCUAUUGAUGUGGUAUGUCAUCUUUGUUGAUCUGUGUAUGUGGAGCCACCUUUGCAUUUUGGGGACAAAUCAUACUUGAUCCUGGUGUGUUGUCUUUUUGAUGUACUGUUGGAUUCGGUUGGUUGGUAUUUUAUUGAGGAUUUUUACAUCUGUGUUUAUCAGGGAUAUUAGAGUGUAACUGUCUUUUUUGUUGUUGCAUUCUUUAUCUGGACUUGGUAUCAGGGUACUGCUAGCCGAGUAGAAUGAGGAAGAAUUCCCUCCUUUUCAAUUUUCUGGAAUACUUUGAGGAGAAUUGGUGUUAAUUUGUCUUUGUAAGUUUGGUAGAAUUUGGUAGUGAAAUCAUUAGCGGUGAAGCCAUUGGGUCCUGAGCUUUUCGCCACUGGGAUACUUUUUACUAUGAAUUCACUUUCAUUAUUCGUGAUUUCCCUGUCCAGGUUUUCUGUUUGUUCCUGAUUCAAUCAUGGUAGCUUGUAUGUGUCAAGGAAUUUAUGCAUUUCCUCUAAGUUUUCUAGUUUAUUAAUAUAUAGUUGUUCAUAAUAGUGUCUGAUGACUUUUGGUAUUUCUUUGGUGUCAGCUGUAAUGUCUACUUUUAUUUAUUAAUUUUUUUGACACAGGGUCUUGCUCCGUCACCCAGGCUGGAGUGCAGUGGUGUGAUCAUGACUCACUGCAGCCUGAACCUCCUGGGCUGAAGCAAUCUUCCCACUUCAGACUUGUGAGUAGUGGGAGUACAAGUGUAUGCCACCAUACCCAGCUAAUUUCUGUGUUGUUUUUAGAGAUGGAGUUUUGCCAUGUUGCCCAGGCUGGUCUUGUUCUCCUGAGCUCAAGCAGCCCAUCUGCCUCAGCCUCUCAAAAUGCUGGGAUUACAGGCAUGAGCCACUGUGCCUGGCAGUGUCUUCUUUUUCAUCUUGGAUUUUGUUUAUUUGGGCCAUCUUUUUUUCCCCCCUGGUUAGUCUAGCUGACAGUUUAUCUAUUUUGUUUACCUUUUCAAAAACAAAUUUUUUGUUUCAUUGAUUCUUUGUGUUGUUUUAGAAAUCUAUUUCAUUUCGGUCUGCUCUGAUCUUUAUUAUGUCUGUCCUACUAAUUUGGGGUUUGUUUUGUUCUUGCUUUUCUAGUUCUUUGGGGUGUAUCAGUUUGUUUAUUUGAAAUCUUUCUGCUUUUAAAAUAUAUUGCUAUAAACUUCCUUCCUAGCACACUUUGGUUGUAUCCCAUAGGUUUUGGUAUGUUGUGUUUCAAUUUUCAUUUUUUCAAGACAUUUUAUUUUUUGAGACAAGAUCUCUCUGUUGCUCAGGCUGGGGUGCAGUCUUGGCUCACUGCAACCUCCACCUCUUGGGUUCAAGCGAUCCUUCUUCCUGAGCCUUCCGAGUAGCUGGGAUUACAGGCACGCACUAGCAUGCCUGGUGAACUGUUGUAUUUUUCUGUAGACACAGAAUCUCACUAUGUUGCCCAGGGCAGUCUCAAACUCCUGUGCUCAAGUGAGCCACCCACCUUGGCCUCCCAAAGUGCUGGAAUUACAUGCAUAAGCCACCACACCUGGACUGUUUCAAGAUGUUUUUUGAUAUCCUCUUAAUUUCUUCCUCGACCUACAGGUCAUUCAGAGCAUGUUUAAUUUUUAUGUAUUUGUACAGAUUCUAAAAUUUCUUUGUUACUGUUUUCCUAUCCUAUUUCACUGUGGUCUGAGAGGAUACUUGACAUGAUUUUGAUUUAAAAAAAAAUUGUUGAGACUUAUUCUGUGUCCUAAUAUAUGGUCUGUCUUGGAGAAUGUUCCAUGUGCUGAUGAAGAAGUAUGUGUAUUCUGUAACUGUUGAAUGAAAUGUGCUAUAAAUGUCUGUUAGGUCUAUUUGGUCUAAAGUACAGUUUAAAAUCAGUGUUUCUUUGUUAAUUUUCUGUCUGGAUUAUCUAAUGCUGAGUAGAGUGUUGAAGUACUCAUCUAUUAUUGUACUGGAGUCUAUCUCUCCCUUUAGGUCUAAUGGUAUUUGCUUUAUACAUCUGGGUAUCCUAGUAUUGAGUGCAUAUAUGCUUCAAACUGUUACAUCCACUUGCUAAUGUAGCCCCAUGUCAUUAUAUAAUGAUCAUCCUCGUCUCUUUUUACUGUUUUUGACUUAAAGUCUGUUUUAUCUGAUAUAAGUAUAGCUAUUCCCGCUCACUUCCGGUUUCCUUUUGCACAGAAUAUCUUUUUCUACUUUCCUUUUGGUCUUUAUGUCUCCACAGGUGAGGUGAGUUUCUUGCAGGCAGCAUAUAUUUGGGUCAUGUUUAUUUUUAUAAUCCAUUCAGCCAGUCUGUCUUUUCAAUGGAAAGUUUAAUCCAUUUACAUUGAAGACUGUAUUUGAUAUGUGAGGGUUAUUCCUGUCAUUUUACUUUUUAUUUAUUUAUUUAUUUAUUUUGAGACGGAGUUUCGCUCUUGUUACCCAGGCUGGAGGGCAAUGGUGCGACCUCGGCUCACCGCAACCUCUGCCUCCUGGGUUCAGGCAAUUCUCCUGCCUCAGCCUCCUGAGUAGCUGAGAUUACAGGCACGUGCCACCAUGCCCAGCUAAUUCUUUUUGCAUUUUUAGUAGAGACAGGGUUUCACCAUGUUGACCAGGAUGGUCUCGAUGUCUUGACCUCGUGAUCCACCCGCCUUGGCCUCCCAAAGUGCUGGGAUUACAGGCUUGAGCCACCACGCCUGGCCUAUUUAUUUAUUUUUUUAAAGCUGGGGUUUCAUCAUAGUGGUCAGGCUGGUCUUGAACUCCUGACCUCAGGUGGUCUGCUCGCCUCAGCCUCCCAAAGUGCUGGGAUUACAGAUGUGAGCCACCGUGUCCUGCUCCUGUCAUUUUAUUAAUGGAUUUCUGGUUGCUUUAUAUAUCCUUUGUUCCUUCCUCUCUUAUUGUUUAUCAUUGUGAAUUGGUGGUUAUCUUUAGUGAUAACCUUUGGAUUGUUUUCCUUAUUUGUGUGCUUGCUCUACCAGUGGGUUUUAUACUUUCAUGUGUUUCCAUGAUGAUAGAUAUCCUUUUGCUUCCAGGUGUAGGAUUCCCUUACACACUUCUUAUAUAGCUGGUCUAGUGGUGAUUAAUUCCCUCAGCUUUUGCUUAUCUGGGCAAGACAUUAUUUCAUCUCCAUUUAUGAAGGAUAAGUUUUCUGGAUGUAGUAUCCUUGGCUGAUGGUUUCUUUCUUUCUAAACUUAAAAUAUAUCACCCCAUUCUUUCUUGGCCUGUAAGGCUUAUUCUGAGAAAUCAACUGUUAGUCUGAUGGGGUUCCCUUACAUGUGACUAGAGACUUUUCUCUUGCUGUUUUUAGAAUUUUCUCUGUCUUUGAUUUUUGAAAAUUUGAUUAUAAUGUGCCAUGGAGAAUAUCUUUUUGAAUUAUGUCUGUUUGGGGAUAUCUGUGCUUCUUGUAUCUGCAUGUCUAAAUCUCUUUCUAGACUUGGAAAGUUUUAUUACUUUGUUAAAUAGCUUUUCCAUCCCCUUGGUUUGCUCUUUGCCUUCUGGGACACUGAAAAUUCAAAUGUUUGAUUGCUUUAUGGUGUCCCAUAUGCCAUGUAGGCUCUGUUCAUUCCUUUUUCUUUUUUCAUUUUUGUCUGAUGGGGUUAUUUUAAAGGAUCUGUCCUCACAUUCUGGAAUUUGUUAUACUGCUCAAACUGGUCUGUUGAAGCUUUUUUUUUUUUAAUGUUUAUUCCACGUUGUGUCAAUCCUCACACAUCUCCUGGGAUCCAUCCGAUAUAUAAUCUGUUGGUUUUCCAGCAGUGAUAAUUUCAUGUAAAAUCCUAAAUCUGAGCUGGGCGUGGUGGCUCACGCCUGUAAUGCCAGCCCUUUGGGAGGCUGAGGUGGGUGAAUCACCUGAGGUCAGGAGUUUGUGGCCAGCCUGGCCAACAUAGCCAAACUCCAUCUCUACUAAAAAUAUAAAACUUAGCCAGGCAUGGAAAUGGGCACCUGUAAUCUCAGCUACUCAGGAGGCUGAGGCAAGAGCAUCACUUGAACCCAGGAGGCGGAGGCUGCAGUGAGCCAAGAUCAUGCCAUUGUACUCCAGCCUGGGUGUCAGAGCAAGACUCCAUCUCAAAAAAAAAAAAAAAAUCCUAAAUCUGACCUGAAAUAUUUUGUCUUCUGUAUUGAUUAUCUUUACAUCAAUAUUAGCUAUUUUGAUCUACUGAGGUAUAAUUCAGUUGGUUCUUAACUGUGCCAAUAGCUCAAUGUUUAUAUACAAAAAGGCAUGCCUAAAUCCAGUUUAUUUUUUGUGUGCACAUUUUAUUUAAUUUUUAAUUUUUAUUUUAGGUUCCAGGAUACAUGUGCAGGUUUGUUAUAUAUGCAAGUUGUGUGUCAUGGGGGUUUGAUGUACAGAUUAUUUUGUCACUCAGAUAAUAAGCAUGGUAGCUUAUAGGUAGUUUUUGAUACUAGCCCUCCUCCCAAUCUCCACCCUCAAAUAAGCCCCAAUGUCUGUUGUUUCCAUAAUUAUGUCCAUGUGUACUCAGUGUUUAACUCCCACUUAUAAGUGAGAACAUGUGGUCUUUGUUCGGCUGUUCCUGUGUUAGUUUGCUUAGAAUAAUUUUUUUUUUUUUGCUUAGAAUAAUUUUUAAGCUAUAGCUGGGUGGCCUCCAGCUCCAUCUGCAUUGCUGCGAAGGACAUGAUCUUGCUUUGUUUAAAUUUAUGGCUGCGUAGUAUUCCAUGGUAUAUGUGUGCCACAUUUUUAUAUUCAGUUCACCAUUCAUUGAAAGGCAGCUAGGUUAAAUCUGUGCCCUUGCUAUUGUGAAUAGUACUGUGAUGAACACAUGCAUGCACGUGUCUUUAUGGUAGAAUGAUUUAUAUUCCUUUGGGUAUAUACUCGGUAACAGGAUUGCUGGGUCGCAGGGUAAUUCCCUAGUUCUUUGAGAAAUCACCAAACUGCUUUCCAUAAUGGCUGAACUAAUUUACAUACCCACCUGUAGUGUAUAAGCAUUCCCUUUCCUCUGCAACUUUGCCAGUUUCUAUUUUUUGAGCCAUUCUGACUAUUAUGUGAUGGUAUCUCAUUGUAGUUUUGAUUUGCAUUUCUCUAGUGAUUACUGAUGUUGAGAAUUUUAUCAUGUUUGUUAGCUGUGUGUAUGUCUUCUUUUGAGAAGUGUCUGUUCAUGUCCUUUGCUCCCCUCUUUUUUUAAAUGAGGUUGUUUUUUGCUUGUAGAUUUGUUUAAGUUUCUUAUGGAUUCUGGAUAUUAGACCUUUGUCAGAAGCAUAAUUUGCAAAAAAUUUUUCGUAUUCUGUAGGCUGUCUGUUUAGUCUGUUGAUAGUUUGUUUUGCUCUGCAGAAGCUCUUCUUUAGUUUAAUUAGUUUCUACUUGUCUGUUUUUGUUUUUGUUGCAAUUGCUUUCAGCAUCUUCAUGAAAUCUUUGCAAGGUCCUAUGUCAGAAUGGUAUUUCCUAGGUUAUCUCCCAGAGAGUUUAUAGCGUUUUUUUUUUUUUUUUUUUUGCUCUGCCACCCAGGCUGGAGUACAGUGGUAUGAUAACGCCUCACUGCAACAUCCACCUACUGGGUUCAAGUGAUUCUCCUGCCUCAACCUCCCCAGUAGCUGGAAUGCACCACCAUGCCCAUGCACAGGCGUGCACCACCAUGCCCAUCUAAUUUUUAUAUUUUUGGUAGAUAUACUAAAUAUCUACUAAAGGUUUCACCAUGUUGGCCAGGCUGGUCUCAAACUCCUGACCUCAUGAUCUGCCUGCCUCAGGCUGGGAUUACAGGUGUGAGCCACCAUGCCUGUCCUCUUCUAGGAUUUUAUAGUUUUAGGUUUUCCAUUUAAGUCUUUUAUCCAUCAUGGGUUGAUUUUUGUUUGGGGUGAAAGGAAGGGGUUCAGUUUCAGUCUUCUGCAUAUGGCUAGUCAGUUAUCCCAGCACCAUUUGUCGAGUAGGGUGUCCUUUCUCCAUUGCUUGUUUUUGUUGGCUUUGUCGAAGAUCAGAUGGUUGUAGCUACGCAGCUUUGUUUCUGGGCUCUCUAACCUGUUCCAUUGGCCUAUGUGUCUGUUUUUGUACCAGUGCCAUGCUGUUUUGGUCACUGUAGCCUUGUAGAUUGUUUGAAUUUGGGUAGCGUGAUACCUCCAGCUUCAUUCUUUUUCAUAGGAUUGCUUUGGCUGUCUUCCACAUAGCUAGUGAAUUACAAGUUGUGCUAAUUUUUUCUGCUGUUUCUCAAAUCUUUCUCUCCUCUCAAUUCUUACUACCACCCUGGUUUUCAGGCCAUCAAUCUCUCUCACCUAAGCUUUGUAGUAGCCUCUAAAUGGAUCCUUGACACUUCAGGGUUGCCCCUCUCUCUUUACCACUGAAAGGCAGACUACCUAAGACAAAAUUAUCAUGAGACUUGCUACUUUAAAGUUCCAGAGUGGACCACUGGCCCCUUUUAAUGCUCCCCAGUGCUGAUCUCUAUCUUUUCACUUUAAACGUACUUUUAAACCUACUUCCUGAGUAUAGAGUUUGUUAUAAUUUUAAUAUUUAUAUUUUUCUGUGUCUUGUUGUUCUUUUUAUGGUUUCUGUUGACUCCUGCUUAUAGUAGUUUGACCCUUCAACACUUUGUUAAAUUUUAUAGAUAGCUUGCAUUUGUCUAAACUUUAACUUUGGAUAUCCUGAGGGACUAAGAUUGAGAUGAUUUGCCUGUUUUCUGCUUGGCUCUGGAAGUAGGACCAAUCGGGGGCCAUUCUAGUUUGAUUUAUUGAGGGACUAAAAUUGAGAUGAUUUACGUGUUUUCUGCUUGGCUCUGGAAGUAGGACCAAUCGGGAACCAUUCUAGUUUGAUUUAUUGAGGGACUAAGAUUGAGAUGAUUUGCCUGUUUUCUGCUUGGCUCUGGAAGUAGGACCAAUCGGGGGCCAUUCUAGUUUGAUUUAUUGAAGGACUAAAAUUGAGAUGAUUUACGUGUUUUCUGCUUGGCUCUGGAAGUAGGACCAAUCGGGGGCCAUUCUAGUUUGAUUUAUUGAAGGACUAAGAUUGACAUGAUUUACGUGUUUUCUGCUUGGCUCUGGAAGUAGGACCAAUCGGGGGCCAUUCUAGUUUGAUUUAUUGAGGGACUAAGAUUGAGAUGAUUUACGUGUUUUCUGCUUGGCUCUGGAAGUAGGACCAAUCGGGAACCAUUCUAGUUUGAUUUAUUGAGGGACUAAGAUUGAGAUGAUUUGCCUGUUUUCUGCUUGGCUCUGGAAGUAGGACCAAUCGGGGGCCAUUCUAGUUUGAUUUAUUGAAGGACUAAAAUUGAGAUGAUUUACGUGUUUUCUGCUUGGCUCUGGAAGUAGGACCAAUCGGGAACCAUUCUAGUUUGAUUUAUUGAGGGACUAAGAUUGAGAUGAUUUACGUGUUUUCUGCUUGGCUCUGGAAGUAGGACCAAUCGGGAACCAUUCUAGUUUGAUUUAUUGAGGGACUAAGAUUGAGAUGAUUUACGUGUUUUCUGCUUCGCUCUGGAAGUAGGACCAAUCGGGAACCAUUCUAGUUUGAUUUAUUGGUUUGCGGUCUCUUGGACUAUGAGCAUGGUAUGAAUUCACAUUCCAGUAUGAGAGUAAAGCUGAUUAGAAAACAUUAGGAAGACUAAUAAAAUUAUUAAUGUUUUAAACUACUGCCUGCAGAGACCGAUUUGUUAAUUGGUUCACUUUUCAUAUCCUUCAAAUUUUGUCCUUUCUACUAAAUAUAUAGCCAAUUUUGGUGCCUGGAUUUAUGUGGAGGUCUGAGAUUCAGUUCCCUUCUUCGUCAGUUUAAAUCCUAUUAGUCAAUCAGAAAAAAUUCUAGAUUCUCAGUCAGGAUGUGUCAGAGCAUUUCAAAGUCACCUCCUGACAUCUCAUUCCCAGCUUUUUAAAACAAAAGUAUUUUAAUUUUCCUAUUGAUUGCCCCAGUUUUGAUUUACUACCUAAGGGAGCCAAAGUGUUAACUAACAAAGCCCUAGGUUUUUGGUUUGGGCAUAUUUCCAGGGCAUCUCUGGCUUCUAUGUUGAUUGAUGACUUUAGUUUUGACAUUAGUUUCUCCUCUAGAUUGUGUGUGUGUGUGUGUGUGUGUGUGUAAUCAUUUUGUAUUUCCUUUACAUUUUUGUGAGUUCAGAAAUGUAUUUAAAGUGUAUUUGGGGCCAGGCACAGUGGCUCACACCUGUAAUCUCAACACUUUGGGAGGCCAAGGUGGGAGGAUACCCUGAAUUCAGGAGUUUGAGACCUGCCUGGCCAACUUGGUGAAACCCCAGCUCUACUAAAAAUAUAAAAGUUAGCCAGGCAUGGUGGUACACACCUGUAAUCCUAGCUACUAAGGAGGCUAAGACAGGAGAAUUGCUUGAACUUGGAAGCCAGAGGUUGCAGUGAGCUGAGAUCACACUACUGCACUCCAGCCUGGGCAACAGAGUGAGACUCUGUCUCAAAAAACAACAACGACAACAAAACCGAGAAUUUGGAAGUGAUGUCAGUAAAAAUGGCAAGCUAGGAACCUUCAAAAAUUUAUUUCUUCAUAAAAUCAACUGGGAAAAAUAGAAGCAAGUUUUUCAGAGCUCUGGAAAAUAUCCAAAGACUUGCAGCAACCUUGAAGCAUUUAUUGAGGAAUGUAGGCAAAUUUUGGUGAUAAUGUUGAGCUUUAUAGUGUUCUUACUUGCUCUAUGCUUAUCAUAUCCUUCCAGAUCCAUGGUAGCCUUGAAAGUCAAUAUCCUACAAUGUUGGUGAAAAACAAGCUCCUGGGAGCCACAGAAAGGAACAAAAAAGGGGUUGUGACUCAUUCAAAGCCUUAUUCCCAGAGAAAUGUCAUUGUCUGACCUGACUAAGAGGUGCCAGGAAGACCCCACUGACAAGACUAUCUUUAUUGGCCUGACUUGGAGCUCCCUCAGCCUUUGUUCAGGGGAUAUUUGUUGAAGACAAUCAGAGGCAGUUACUGAAUAUCAUGGCUACCUGAGGCAUAGAUAAAUUGAGAUACACAAUACGCUAACAAAAAUGUAAACAAAACAAAACAAAAUGCUGAAAGUACCAAACCUAAUUGCUGACAGAAGACAUUUUUGUUCCUGUUUUCUGCCUACAAAUUUAAUGUCUUUUCCACCUCAACUAAGCCCUUAUGCUGGUAGCUGUAACUUUUGCAGCUUGAGGUGUGACAGCAAAAUUAGCACAAAUUUCUUUGUUCUUCUUCACAAUUUUAUGGGUAGAAGAUUUGUCCUUACUCAGCCUGUAAUAUUUUUCUUUUCUUACAAUGUCAGGGAGUUCCGUCUUUUCACUUAAAGGAAACAUAUUAUGGCUUCUUUCUAGCAUAUCCAAAUUGCCAGGAUAAUUGCUGUCGCAUACUGGGGCAAUUAUGAAGUAAAAUAAGGGUUACUUUGUAUACAACCCCCAUGAUGCCAUGGCAGUUGGUGUGAUAAUCAAGAUGGCUACUAAGGGUCUAAUGAGACUUAUUAAUCAAGAGUUCUAUAUCUGGCAAAAAUACCCUCCAACACUGAAGGAAAAACAUAAGACAUUAAGUAUCAUAAAACAUUCUUUGGUAAACAAAACUAAAAAAAUUUGUUGCUUGAAGAUAUCUCUAUAAGAAAUACUAAUGGGAGUCAUUCCGGCUGAAAUGAAAGAACACUAGGUAGUAACUCAAAUCCACAGGAAAUAAAGAGCUGAGAAAGAGAUGGAAUCAUGAUAUGAAAUCAGAAAAAAAUAGACUUAAAGGCAAAAAUUUUUAUUAGCAACAAAGGACAUUUUAUAAUAAUAAAAGGAUCAGUCCACCAAAAACAUGUAACAGAGUCCUAAAAUACAUGAAGAAAACAUUGACAGAAUUGAAGGAAGAAAAAAUUCAGCAAUAAUAGCUGAGGACUUAAAUUCCCCACUUUCAAUAAUAGCUAGACAAUCAGGCAGCCAAUCCAUAAGGAAAUAUAAGACUUGAAUAAUACUAUAAACCAACUGGUUUUAACAGAUAUCUACAGCAUGCUCCAUCCAACAACAGAGUGUACAUUCUUUAUAAGAACAUAUGGAACAUUCUCCAGCAAAGACCAUAUACUAGGCAAUAAAACAACUCUCAAUAACUUUUGAAAUAUUUAAAUAAUACAAAGUAUAUUCUCAACUGUAAUAAAAUGAAGGUAGAAUAGAAAGAGAAGGAAAUUUGGGAAAUUCACAAAUAUAUGGAAAUGAAUCAGUGUACACUUAGAUAAUCAAUUGGACAAAGAAUAAAUCCAAGAGAAAUCAGAACAUAUUUUGAGAUGAAUGAAAACAAAAACUCUGCAUCACAAAACUUAAGGAAUGCAGCUGAUACAGUGCAUGAAGGGAAAUUUAUAGAUGUAAAUUCUUAUGUUAGAACAGAAGAAAGAUCUCAUUCAAUAACCUAACUUUCCAUCUAAAGAAACUACAAAAAGAAGAGCAAACUGAAAGCAUGUAAAGCCAGGAUAUAAUAAAAGUUAGAGUGAAAAAUAAAUAAAAUAGCAAGCAGAAAAACAAUAGAGAAAAUAAACAAAACCAAAAGUUAUUUGGAAAAAAUCAACAAAAUUGAUAGCUUAGCUAGACUGAUCAAGAAAAAAAGAAAAGAACUAAAAAAUAUGGUAAAUGCCCUAAGUAAAUAACAAUAACAACAACAAAAAAACAAACCUUUAGGUAAUCUAGUAAAGAUUAUGAAAAACCAUCAGCAAACAUUAAACUUAGUGGUGAAAGUCUUAAAGCUUUUCUCCUAAGAUGAGGAAAAAGACAAGGAUGCCUGCUCUUGCUUUUCUAUUCAACAUUGUACUGGAGGUUCUAGCCAGGAUAAUUGAACCAAAAACAAAACAGGGCAAAACAAAGAAAAGAAAUAAAAAGCAUCUAGAUUGGAAUGGAAAAAGCGAAACUAUAUUUUUUGCAGAUAAUCUUAUAUGUAAAAAGUCUAAGGAUCCACAACAGCAAACCUUCUGGAGUUAACAAUUUAGUUCACGAAAGAUACAAGGUCAAUGUACAAAAAUUGGUUAUAUUUAGAAAUACUAGCAUGAGUGGCCUGAAAUGAAAUUAAGAAACUAGUUUUACUUAUAACAGCACUGAAAAGCUAAGAAUAAAACAAAAGAAAUGUAAGACUACAAAAUAUUAUUGAAAGUGAUUAAGUAAGACCUAAAUAAAUGGGUACACAUCCGGUACUCACUGAAUGAAGGAAAACUGUUCAGAUGACAGUACUCCACAAAUCGACCUACAUAGUCAGCUCAGUUCCUAUCAAAAUCCUAGCUUUUCUUUUUGCAGAAAUUGACUUGCUGAUCCUAAAAUUUGUUUGAAAAUGCAAGGGACUCUGAAUAACCAAAACAAUCUUGAAGAACAACGAAGUUGCAGAGUCCACACUUCAUUAUUUCAAAACUUACAAUAAAGCUAUAGUGGUUCAAAUAGUGUCGUACUAGAAUCAGGAUAGACACGUAGGUCAGUGGAAUGGAACUGAGAGUCCAGAAGUAAAUCCAUACAUUUGAAGUCAGUUGAUUUUCCACAAGGGUACCAAGACUAUCCAGUGGAAAAGAACAGUCUCUUCAGCAGGUGGUGCUGGGACACCUGGAUAUCCACAUGCAAAUGAAUGAAAUUAGAUCUCUUCCUCACAUCAUACAGAAAAAUUAACCUCAAAUGGAAGAAAUAUCUAAGUGAAGAUCCCAAACUAUACUCUUAGACAUUAGGUGUAAAUUUUUAUGCUGUUGAAUUAGUAAUUAUUUCUUUUUUCCCUUCCUUUUUUGUGGGGCAGGAAAACUAGAGGGGUUUAGAGUUGUCUUACUGCUUUUCCCCUGUGUCAGACAAGACCCUGAUAAAGCAGUCUUUCUUUAGGGCAGGCCUUUUACACAGAGAACAGAAUGCUCUGGGCAUACUCAAAAGGGUUGCUAUACCCACUCACUGUCUCUGUCCCCGAAUUAGGGCAUAGUUUGAAAUGGUUGCUUUUCCCUUUUCCUUGCCUAAAAAGCCUGAGGAAAUUCUCUUCAGCCUUCAUCAUGAGAACCUGGUGGGUUCCUGGAAGUGAAAUUCAUGAACUUUUCUGGGAAGUAAAAUCCCAGAACGGGACUCCAGCGAGUCUUUAACUCUCAAGCCACACUCAGCCACCAGUAAUUUAUUGAUUGCCACUUAAGUGUUCCUACCAAUUACUGGCUCUAGUGGCUUCUGCUGUCCUGUAAACUGUGAUUUUCUGUAGUCACCCAUCUCUCUAGUUUUUGAGCAAGUGGUUUGGUCUGUGACCUCUAUUCUCUGACAGAUCUAAGAAAAGUUGUUGAUUUUCAGUUUGAUUAUCUUUUUUCCUGUUGUGAAGAUGGGAGUGAUGACUUCCAAGUUCUCUACUUGUUGAAGUGGGGACAAAAAGACCUAAUUAACUUCUUAAGAAACUGCCGAACUCUUUUCCAAAGUGGAUCUAGCAUUUUACCUUCCUGGCAUUGUAUGAGAGUUUCGGUUUCUAUCUUUGUCAACCCUCUAUCUUUCUAAUUUUAGGUAUUCUAAUAGCUAUCUGGUGGUUUCUACAUUCCUCUAAUGGCUAGUGAUGAUGAACAUCUUUUCAUUUGCUUAUUUGCCAAUUGCAAAUCUAAAGUAUCUGUUCACAUAUUUUACACAUUUUUUAAAAGUUGGGUUGUUUUCUUACAAUUGAAGUUUAUUUUUUCUUAUAAUCAAAAUUGUAGUUGACACAAUAAAUUGCACGUAUUUAUGAAGUACAAUGUGAUGUUUCAGUACAUUUAUACAUAGUAUCAUGAUCAAAUUAUGAUAAUUAGCAUAUCCAUUGCCUUAAACAUUUACCAUUUCUUUGCUUUAAAAACACUCAAAAUUCUCUCUUCUAGCUAGAAUAUUAGUGUAUUUUAAAUGUACAACUAUUUGUUUUCUCACAGUCCUAUCAACCUUGCCUAUUCUAGUCAAAUUUAAUAUUGUCUAGAAAACAUUGAGCCUUCUGGUUAUCUUCUCUAACCCACAAAGGAAGCUGAACCAUUGAUGUAACUUUCUUCAUCAGAGUAAAUAAGAAGAAACCCCUCCAUUACAUUUAAAAAAAAAAAAAAGACUGGAGAGAUAUCUCUGCUCUGAGGUUAUUACCCUGGGGUCUUUACUUUUGGUACAUUCUCCUCUACCCCAUGCCCUCCCCCUCAUCUUAUUUAAUGACUAUCUGUAUGUGUGACAGAACAGCAUCCGUUUUUAAGUCUCUGCAGUCUCCAACCCAGCUUGUUCUAUUCCCCACUCUGCGAGAAUCUCAAGAGCACCAGGAUUCUGUUUCGGGUUGCCAUGGACACAGAGUUCUUAUCCCAAUACUCACUUGUUCUCAACACGAGGUAAGGUAAAGACCUAGAGGUGAGGGUCUCUGAGCAAGGGAUUCCCAUCCCAGCCUCUGCCCUCUCUGUUGGCUAAUAAUCCCCUCUCAUCCCAUCAGGAGGAUUAGAAUCCUGUAAAGUUUUGGUGGGAGAACUAGAUGGAGGUUUCUGGGCCCAUAGACAGGAAAGUUUGCUUAUACCCAGCUGCGGAGAUCACUAAUUGACUUUCCUUUCCCUCCCAGGGACCUCACAGAGUCCCCUUAUCCUCAUAGUACUGGAGGACACCUAGUGGGUGUAGGGCCAAAUAGCAGUAACCUUGUUAAUGGCCAGGAAUUGGGUAAAGAUUUGAUUUAACAAACUUGGUUUUGGGAAAUUAAAAAAAUAAAAAAAGGAAAAGCCAUAAUCCCGAAAGGCAGCAGGAGAGAAAACUGCUAACAGGACCUUGAAUAAAUUUCUCCUUCUUAGAGAGACGUGUAUUGUUGGCACAAGACCUGAGACUUGUGUCAUUCUUUCGGCUGAACUGACCCCAGGCUCUUCUGAGCGGCAGUGACCCUGAAGCAGUCUGGCCUACAGAAUUCUGGAUUCAUCAACAGCUUCUACUGUAUGUUCUGACAACAAUGACAGCAGUGGGUGAGUUGACUGAUCUAACAGGUAAAAACUACAGGGAGCGUCAAUGGCAAUAAGAGCUUUCCAUGAGACCAUAAGCAUCUUUAGGUAACAUUGUUUUUGAACCUAAGUGGAAAAUAUAAGAUCAGCUCAGAAGAGGGACACUUGAUACUCAAAGUUUGUUUGUGACCCUUAGUAAUUAGCAGUCAAAGCCCUUAGGAGACUAUCAGAAAGCCUUUGUAUGAGACUCUAUCAACAGCGAUCCAAGAGAGGAGAGAAUCUUACUUAGAGAAAGACGACGGUAGUGUUGGACAGGCAGCAGAGGAGCACUCAACAAAAGGAAAGGAGCUAAGAGACCCUGUGUCUAUCCCUCACCCUGCAGAGCUUGUGCCCCAAACCCAAAGCCAUCAUCACAUUGGAUGGAGCCCCUGCCUCAGGUUUAGUCACUGGAUCCUGUUUGAGGGGAAGAAAAGAUAUCUGUGACUCAUGAAGAGCAUGAAGGUGAUGGAAGGAUUUGAGAAUUAGGAAAUCAAAAUGGGCAAGAACAAUGUGUGCGUACAAAUGGAACAUGAAUUUGGGGUAAAUUUAAGUUCAAUUUGCUGUCACACAUGAUGAUCAGGUUCAGUGAUAAAGGAUUGUAUUUAAAUGUUGAUUUAUUAGACUUCUUGGAAAGUCCUAAACAAUUUUUAUUACCAACACAUAAAAACUUCAUUCUAGAGAAAAAUGAAGUGCCAGGUUCCAAAUAACAGAUUUACAUGAGAAUUUUUAAGGGACAACACAUUGUAAUUUUUUAACGCAAUCAUAGCAAAUUUGAACCAAAAAAAAUAGUGUAUGAAUUUAUGUUGUUUCUUACUAUUUGCCUUUAAAUCCUUUGCACUGUGACAUCAGAAAUCAGUGCUGGAGCCAACAAUGAAAAGUGAUGUCAUAAUAUAUAUUGGGGAUUGGAGGAGUUCAGUCUCAGAAUUAUUCAUAUCAAUGGGAAAAUAGUUUUCUGGACACCGAUUCUAAAAUUCUUUCUAAAAAGUUAAAUCUUAAGUGACCUAAGUCAUAUUUACUUUAUCUUUUAGAUUCAAGAAAUUUUGUUGUUCAAAUAAAUUGGUCACAUGACAGUUUUAUGUGGCAAAUCUCUAAUAUGUUUUUGCAUUUGAUGUUUAAGGUAAAAUAUUGCAACCUUACAUAGAGCUUUAGAAUAAGCUUCGUGUGUUCAGAUACGAUUGGUGCUUUAAUGACUAAUGCUGUGUGUGUCAUACUCAAAGUUCUUUACCAUCCCAAGAUUACCAGUAUAGUCACCAAAUAUUUUUAAUAUUUGGAAUUAAUUUUAUACAUUUAAAUAAAACAAGUUUGGCUGUUGUUACUAUUUCCUUUUAACAUCUUCCCAAAUGAGUGGUUCAUUCUAUACACUUUAUGAGAUGCCAGCUUAAUAAUGCCCUUAAUAUGGCCCAAGGAUUCUACAACAGGAAAUGCUGGUACGUUUGUCAAACGUGUUUCCUGUGCAGUUUAUCUGUUCAUCACUUGCAGAUGUGAAGUUUACUGGGCAUGUUUGAUAUCUACAAGUUCAUUUGAAGAAGAAUUUUCAUGGAAAAAAUGUUUAAAAGAUGAUGCAAAGAUGGAAUCUCCAAACAUUUCAGUUUUCAUCAGGAGGACUUAAUAGGUCUAACAGCUACUUUUAGAUGUCUUAGAAAUGUGAGAAGGGUAUUUAGUCAACAAAAAGUAGAUUAUGAGAUUAAAAAUGUCUAUUCACUCUAAAAUCUCAGCAUUCACUUUCUUAUUGUCAAGAUUAUUCAUCAGAUUCUUCAGAGACAACCUAAAUUCAAGCUCUUAGGAUAUUACAUCUUUGGCCGGGUGCAGUGGCUCAAGCCUGUAACCCCAGCACUUUGGGAGUCCGAGGCGGGUGGACCACAAGGUCAAGAGAUCGAGACCAUCCUGGUCAAAAUGGUGAAACCCCGUCUCUACUAAAAAUACAAAAAAUUAGCUGGGCAUGGUGGCUCGUGCCUGUAAUCCCAGCUACUCAGGAGGCUGAAGCAGGAGAAUUGCCUGAACCCAGGAGGCGGAAGUUGCGGUGAGCCGAGAUCGCGCCAUUGCACUCCAGCCUGGGUAACAAGAGCGAAACUCCGUCUCAAAAAAAAAAAAGAAAAGAAUAUUACAUCUUUUAUAUGAGAUGACACAAAAUAAUUUCAUAGCCUUUGAAAGGAUAGAAUACCACUUUCAGAUCAAGUAACUCUCCUAUUAAAUAUUACAGUUUUUAAAAUCAUUCUAUUAAAAGGAAGAGCUAUUCCUACCCCUAUUUAUUUAUUAUUAGUAUUAACUUAUAAAUUCUUAUUUUAUUUCAAUGGAUUACAAUCCAUUUCUGUCAUUAUUUAUUUUGAUGUUUAAAUGGUCCCGUAUUUGGCCAGUGGGACUCCCUAAAGUCUAGCUCCUGUGUCCACUUGACUUGACAUGUCCCCAUCACAUUUUGAGCAUUUCCUCAGCCCUGGAAUCAGCCAUUUACCCAAAGACCUUGAUUCCUCUUAGAAACUAUUUGUACAUUUGGUAUGCUCAUUGCUAUUGGCUCAUUGCCACCUGUAGGCCUUUUUAGUAUAUAGAUGAGAGUAUAGAUAGACAUAUUGACAUAUAUAGGUAGAUACAUAUAUGCAACAAUCUUAAUAUGUUGAAUAUACAGUAUAUAUAUUUAUAUGUGUUCUGGUAAACUAUGUUUUGUUGUUUUGCCUAUAUGUGUUACUUUUUAAAUUUACUUAAAUGAUAUUAAGUUGUAUCUCAUUUUGUUAGUUUUUGGCUCAAUAACAUAAGAUUCUUCUUGUGUAUACCUUUAGUUGUUGCUUUUAACUUAUAUGAAAAAUUCAAAGGCAUGCCUCCCCUUGUGAGGAACACAUAUAUUGCUUCCUACCAUUUGCCUUCACAAAGAGUGAUGCAAAAUGAUUAUCCUUAUGCCGGACCCCUAUAGACCUAUUUGAGUAUUUCUGUAGGAAGAUGAAGCAGGAUUCGAUGGGCCAUGGGACUGCAUAUUUUGAAUUUGACUGAAUACUGCCUGUUGCUCUCACAAUGGUUAUACCAGUCUGCAUCUCAACAGUGGUUGAUGGUUCCCACACAUACACAUUCACAGCAACACUUGACGUAAUCACACUUUUUUAUUUGUAUCACCAGUCUAAUAAAUGGUAACACACUGCAUUUUACUUUGCAUUUACGUGAUAAGUUGUGAGUCUGAGCCUCAGUUUAUAUGCUUACAACAUUUGGGAUUUCUUCUGAAAUGGUCCAUUCGUGAACUUAGCCCAUUUUUCCACUAGUGUUCUUAUCUUUGUCUUGUUAAGUAACAUGUGUUCUUUCUGAGUAUUUUAUGUUUUGGAAUAAGUUAAUUAAAUUUCUUUAAAAAUUAUGUUUAUUUUUCAAUGUGAUUAUUUUACAUUUGUAAACAAUUUGGCAAUAAUGCAGUCUUUUUAGUAACAUUUAAAAACAUGGUGCUGGCCGGGCGCGGUGGCUCACGCCUGUAAUCCCAGCACUUUGGGAGGCCGAGGCGGGUGGAUCACGAGGUGAAGAGAUCGAGCCCAUGUUCCAAACUCCAAAUACCAUGAUAUCAGACUGUGCCCUUGACUCAGACCUGCAGUUCCUUUAUCCUGCUUGAGGAACAGGAGAGACGAUCAGGUAAGGAGGUGUUAGAGGGCCUUCGAAGCACGACAUUGAGUAGAAUACGAGGACUGACUCCUUACGAACUGGAGCUGAGUUUGAAAUAACUGCCACAACGAAGGCUAUCACACACUGGGACUGAGGGCAUAAUACAGAGGCUUUACUUAAAUCAGGAAGCAUUCAUUUUAUCCCCAGCCUAAGAUGUUGGUUGCCACCAUAUAAAUUCCCAUGUUUAAUAAAAAAAGUUACAUUCUAGAUUAAAAUAGUUACAUACACACGAAUAGUCAGAAAUAAACUGGUUUGUGUGUAGAGUAAUGGAAGCAAUGAAAGCUAGCUUUUCCAAAAAGUAAAUUUAGAAUUAUGUCUUCUGUCUAACUGAUCUUUUAUCGUCCUCUAGUCCACACACAAAUGAAUUGAGAGGAGCAACCCAGGAGGCACCUAUCAAUGAAAGUUCACACACAAAUGAAUUGGCAGGGGCAAGUCAGGAGGCACCUAUCGAUGAAAGUCCACACACAAGUAAGUUGAUGGUAGCAACCCAGGAGCAUCCAGGUACCAGUAACAGUUGGAUAAAAGAGGAACAGUUCUGGCCGGGCGCGGUGGCUCAAGCCUGUAAUUCUAGCACUUUGGGAGGCUGAGGCGGGUGGAUCACGAGGUCAAGAGAUCAAGACCAUCCUGCUCAACAUGUAUGGCAGAACAACUUUCCAGGUUUGAAGAUGAAGAAGGCACUGAUGUUACUGCAUAUGACAGCAAGAUUAAGAAAAUAGCACACUCAAUUGUAUCAUCCUUUGCAUUUGGAAUAUUUGGAGUUUGCCUGCUCUUAUUGAAUGUGGGUCUCAUCUUUGCCGACCUAAUUUUUGCUGAAAAGAAAAUUUAUAUGCCUUUGGAAUAUCGUUGUAUUUCUCCAUCUAUUGCCAUAUUUUUUCUCAUGGAUAUUCUUCUUCGAGUAUUUGUUGAUGGGAGACAGCAUUAUUUUUCUGGCUUAUGUAACAUUUUAGAUAUUGCCAUUAUUGUGAUUACUCUGCUGACUGAUGUCAUUUACAUUUUUUUUGACUUUAAGUUUCUUAGUGAUAUUCCCAGAUGGACACCUGUAGUUCGACAUCUACGACUUAUUAUUCUGACAAGAAUUGUUCAUCUGGUUCAUCAAAAAAGACAACUUGAAAAGCUGAUCAGAAGGCUGGUUUCAGAAAACAAAAGGCGAUAUGUAAGGAAUGGAUUUGACCUAGACCUCACUUAUGUCACUGAACGUAUUAUCGCUAUGUCAUUUCCAUCUUCUGGAAGGCGGUCUUACUAUAGGAACCCAAUUGAGGAAGUUGUGCGGUUUCUAGACAAGAAGCACCCAAAUCACUAUCGUGUCUACAAUCUCUGCAGUGAAAGAGCUUAUGAUCCUAAGCACUUCCAUAAUAGGGUCAGUAGAAUCCUGAUUGAUGACCAUAAUGUCCCCACUUUACAUGAGAUGGUGGUAUUCUCAAAGGAAGCAAGUGAGUGGAUGGCUCAAGAUCCUGAGAACAUCAUAGCGAUUCACUGUAAAGGAGGCAAAGGAAGAACUGGAACAAUGGUUUGUGCCUGUCUUAUUGCUUCUGAAACAUUUUUAACUGCAAAGGAAAGCCUGUGUUACUUUGGAGAAAGGCGAACAGAUAAAACCAACAGCACUAAAUUUCAGGGAGUUGAAACUCCUUCUCAGAAUAGAUAUGUUGGAUACUUUGCACAAGUGAAAUACCACUACAACUGGAAUGUCCCUCCUGAAAGGAUACUCUUUAUAAAACGAUUCAUUAUUUAUUCGCUCCAUGGUAUUCGAACAGGCGAUGAAAAUGAUCUAAAAGUCCAAAUAGUAAUGGAGAAAAGUGUUGUCUUUUCCUGUACUUCUUUAAAAAAUUGUGUGGUGAUUCACGACGCUGAAACAGACAGAGUAAUAAUUGAUGUCUUGAACUGUCCACCUCUGUAUGAUGACGUCAAAGUGCAGUUCUUCUCUUCCGAGCUUCCUAAAUACUAUGACAAUUGUCCUUUUUUCUUCUGGUUUCACACAUCUUUCAUACAAGAUAACAGGCUUUAUCUACCAAGAAAUGAGCUGGAUAAUCCACAUAAACCAAAAACAUGGAAAAUUUACCCACCGGAAUUUGCAGUGGAGAUAAUUUUUGAGGAGAAAUGACUUACAGUUAAGGUGUAGCUAAUUAAGAAUAGUUCCCCCUUCCCCUUCUGGGAAAGAAUUACGUUUUUUCCAACCCCCGCCUUCCCUGCUGAUAUAUCUAUGUUUAUAUAUGUUUACAUAGGUUCUUGAUAAAUCUAUUAAAUAUAUGUAGAUAAAACAUCAGUGUGUUUUUUUCUUUUUUGAAGGCAUAUACUUCAGUUUCCAUCUUGUAUUUACAUAAAUUUGGAACACAGUACACAGAAACGUUAGGCAUCAUUUUGAAGAACUUUGAAAUAGAACUUUCAUAUCAAAAUAAUUGAGAUAUUUAAAAACUGUGAUUCCCCAACACCCACUUACUUACGUAUUUUUGAUCAAGUAUUUAUUCCCUGCUUUGUUUCACAUUUGUCGUCUGAGAUUUAUUAGAAAGCUAAUUUAGACUUUUUUCUUCUACUUCAUUUACAAACUGUUAACAGAUUGGCGGCAAAUACUUUAAAUCCAGAAGAGAGAAAUGUUUCACACAAGCAGUCCCCUGGCUCCCAGCACACACUCUUCUCUCAAUCCAAGCACUAAGUGGGUAGCUUACUUCAAGAGUUUCUUUUAAUUCCACACAGACAUGGGGGUUGGGACAAGAAGACUGUGGUAAAUACGAAGGAUAGGUAAUCUUCAGUAACUUCUGCUUUUGUAUAAAAUCGUAAGUAAGUGAAAUCAAAAGAAAUACUUGUUUAGUUAGCAACAUGUCUACAGGAAAUCAUCGUUAUUUCCUCUUUGAUGCCAGGUGCUACUUUUUUUUUUUAACAAAUUUUUUUUUUUUGAGACAGAGUCUCACUCUUGUUACCCAGGCUGGUGAGCAAUGGCGCGAUCUCGGCUCACUGCGACCUCAACCUCCCAGGCUCAGGUGAUUCUCCUGCCUCAGCCUCCCAAGUAACUGGGACUAUAGGUGCAUACCACCACACCCAGCUAAUUUUUUGUAUUUUUAGUAGAGACGAGGUUUUGCCCUGUUGCCCAGGCUGGUCUCAAAUUCCUGAAGUCAAACAAUCUGCCUGCCCCAGCCUCCCAAAGUGCUGGGAUUACAGGCAUGAGCCACCACGCCCAGCCUGUAGGUGUUGUUCAAAGUACCUUCAUUGCCACUGUAUCCUCAGGCCAUGAUUGUCCUUGAAAAAGUUCUAAUUUGGCUUUACUGAAAUUAUUUGAAUGAUUUUCCUUUUAUUAGCAAGGCUCUCAACAAUCUAGACCAAGAUGAAUUCAUCAGAAAUUGAAAGGUAGCAACUAGUAAGUCAAAUGUCGCUGCUAAAACACUGUAUGUCAUUCCUGAAAAACCUCGCAUUCUACAGAAAACACUAAAAAAAAGAAGCAGUUCAUGAAUAUAUAGGGCUUGAGAGAUCAAGGCAAAGCACUCCAGCAUAGCAGCUUUGUAACCAACACACUAACCACGUGGACUACCCAUGUCAGCACCUCAGGGUCUGGAGUUUGCCAUAGGAGCUUUUUUAUUUUUGAGUGGAAAUGGAACAAUAUAUAAGUGCUGUGGGUACCAGUGAAGUAUUUGGAUCGAGUAUAAAAAUUGACACCAAGACAAAAGUAUGCCAAGUUGCAGGGUCUUUAUUGCCGGCGACCACAGAGGACUCACGUCUCUCCAACCCGUGGCCCCAAAAGGAGGGUGACAAGACCCUUUUAUGCCUAUAAACCACCUCCAGGGAGAGCGUGUGGGGCGGGGGUGGGGGUGAAGGGAUUCAGACAUUCUGAGGGCCAGGGGAUUCCGUAAGGGCAGAGAGGAGGGUGCGGGUCUCUGGACAUUCCAAGGGCUAGGGGACUUGUUGUCACUUCGAUUGUUACCUAAGUGGUUUACAGAAGUCAAGAUAAGCGUUAGUUUACACAUUGUCUGGGCAUUGGUGGAAUCCACAGAUCUUAGUUACUUAUUACAAGUGCAGGAGCCAGGAUGGAAUUAGCUUGGGCUGCUGCAAAGGCCAGCAAUUCUGGCAGUCACUGAUAAGAAAAGGUAAGCAGUUUCAUUUACAGAAGCCAAGGCCAGCAGUCAUUGUGAGGAGAAUGGGGCAGCCAUUACAACUUAUUUUUGGAAAACAGCUUUGUCUCUUAUAAAAUGGCGUUGCUCAGGUUCCAGCUAUAGCACACCAGAGUGGCACAGAUGAGAGUUCAGAGCCUUGAGCCAUGGUGGGCAUGGAAGGCAGCAACCUGCCAGGAGCUAAGAGCCCCACGAGGCUGGUGAGCAGCCUAACUGCAGGUGAUUUUUUUUCUCCUCUAAAUAUUCCAGAAAAGGUUCCAACUGCCCGUGCAGCAGCCCAACUAAAGCCUUUUUCCUUUACUCCCCUAAUCUGGCUCCCCCUUUGAGGAAGAGAUAAUAGAACAUGCUUUCACAUUCCUUUCAUGUUAAUAUUAUACCCUGCCGUUCAUAUUACAGACACAUGUGUAGGCAUAACACGGGUUGUACUAUUUCAUUUAAAAUUCACACAUCAAUAAUCUACAGAGGGUAGAUGAUGUCCUCAGUUAGGUGAAUAGGGAGCAAAACGCUUAGCUGGCUCAGUGAAGAGUAAGAUCUGUCUUUUUCAAUACUAGCAAUACAGGAAGGAAGGAACCCCUUUUUUAUUUUAACACUUUUUGAAAUAAAGAGGUUACCAUUAAGUUUUCUCUUCCCCAAACCUCCAAGACCCAUCAAAAUUUGGAAAUUCUGAGUUGUCACACUAUUCUGUUUUUGCUUAUUCAAAGAAAACUUGUUUAAGGCCUCUUUGGGCAUUGCUUUCUUAGAGUGUAGAAUGAAUGAUUCUUUCACCAUCCCAAGAAACUUAUAUAUAUCAGAAUUGUUAAGUGUGCUCUGAAUGAAGAGACCCUCCAAACAGGCUUUGUCUGAGCAACAUGGCUGCUUAUUCACCUGGAUGCGGGGGAGCUGAGUCUGAAGAGAGAGUCAGUGAAGGGUGAAGGGAUAGGAAGUUGGUUUCAUAGUUUUGGGGUAGUCGGUGGAAAGUUACAGAAGUUACAGUUCAGGGCAGUUUUUGCAAGCUGGGAGGGGGUCGUAGGGUCUGGAGUCAUGAGGUUGACCUGUCAGUUGAGCGAGGUUGGUUACAAAGUCCAGUUGCCUUAUCAUUUGAGGUCUUACAUUUAAAUCUUGAAUCUAUCUCCAGUUAAUUUUUGUGUGUGAUGAAAGGUAUGGGUCCGGAACCGUUAUUCUGCAUAUAGUCAGCCAGUUGCCUCUGCACCAUUUAUUGAAUUAUUGAAUAGGGAGUCCUUCCCCCAUUGCUUGUUUUUGUCAGCCUUGUCGGAGAUCAGAUGGUUGUAAGUGUGAGGCUUUAUUCUGAGUUUUCUAUUCUGUCCCAUUGGUCUAAGUGUCUGCUUUUGUUCCAUGCUGUUUUGGCUACCUUAUAGUUUGAAGCCUCUGGCUUUGCCCUUUUUGCUUAGAUUUGCUUUUGCUAUGCAGGCUGUUUUUUGGUUUCAUAUGAAUUUUAGAAUAGUUUUUUCUAAUUCUGUGAAGAAUGACAUUGGUAGUUUGAUAGAAAUAGCACUGAAUCUGUAGAUUGCUUUGGGCAGUGUGGCCAUGUGAACAAUAUUGAUUCUUCCAAUCCAUGAGCAUGGAAUGUUUUUCCAUUUAAUUGUUGUCUCUGAUUUCUUUCAGCAGAGUGUUGUAGUUCUUGUAGAGAUCUUUCACGUCCUUUGUCAGCUGAAUCCUAGGCAUUCCAUUUUCUUUGUGGCUAUUGUAAAUGGAACUCUGUUCUUGAUUUGCACCUUUUGGCAGAGUCUUUAGGGUUUUCUGGGUAUAGAAUCAUACCACCAGCGAAGAGAGAUAGUUGGACUUCUCUUCCUAUUAGGAUGCCUUUUCUUUCUUUCUUCUGCCUGAGGGCUCUGGGUAGGACCUCCAGUACGAUGUUGAAUAGGAGUGGUAAGACUGGACCGGGCAUCAUUGUCUUGUUCCAUUUCUCAUGGGGAUUGGUUCCAGCCUUUGCCCACUCAGUAGGUUGGGGCUAUGGGUUUAUCAUAGAUGGCUCUUCUUAUUUUGAGGUAUGUUCCUUUGAUGCCUAGUCGGUUGAGGUUUUUAAUGUGAAGGGAUGUCAGCUUUUAUCAAAAGCUGUUUGUACAUCUAUUGAGAUGAUCAUAUGGUUUUUGCUUUUAGUUCUGUUUAUGUGGUAAAUUACGUUUAUUGAUUUGCAUAUGUUGAACCAGCCUUGCAUCCGUGGACUGAAGCCUUCUUGAUUGUGGUGUCUGAACUUACUGAUGUGCUGUUGGAUUCCAUUUCCUAGUAUUUUGUUAAGAAUUUUUUUGUCUGUGUUCAUCAGAGUAAUUGCCCUGAAGUUUUCUUUUUGUGUGCAUCUCUGCCAGAUUUUGGUAUUAGGCUGAUGUUGACUUCAUAGGAGUUAGAGAGGAGCCCCUCAUCCUCAGCUCUUUGGAAUAGUUUCAAUAGAACCAGCACCAGUUGUUCGUACAUCUGGUAGAAUUCAGCUGUGGCUUCUUCCUUGUUGGUACAUUUUUUAUUAAUUAUUUGAUUUCAGAACUCGAUAUUUGUCUAUUCAAGGUUUCAAUCUCUUUCUGAUUCAAUCUGGAGAGAUUAUAUGUUUCCAGGAAUUUAUCCAUUUCCUCUAGAUUAUCUAAUUGGUGUGCAUAGAGUUGUUGAUAGUAUUCUCUGAGUAUCUUCUGUAUUUCUGUGGGAUUGGUUGUAAUGUCAUGUUUGUCAUUUCUGAUUGUACAUAUUUGGCUCUUCUAUUUUUUUCUUUCUUUAUCUAGCAGUCUAUCAAUUAAAAAAAACUAAUUAUUGGUUUCAUUGAUCUUUUGUAUGGAUUUUUGCACCUAGACUCAAAAACAAGAACAACAACAACAAAACCAGCAUUUUAAAAAGCGCUUCAUUCAGUGCUCCUCUAAUUUUCGUUAUUUCUCUACUGCCAGCUUUGGGGUUGGUUUAUUCUUUUUUUUUCUGUUUCCAUAAGUGCAAAGUAGGAAUGUUAAUUUGAGAUUUUUCUAACUUCUUGAUGAAGGCCUUUAGUGCUAGAAACUUUUAACGCUGCUUUAGCUGCAUCCUGGAGAUUUUGGUAUGUUGUGUCCCUAUUUUCAUUAAUGUCAAGAAAUUAUUUUAUGUCUGCCUUUAUUGUAUUUUAUUAUUUUUCUUUUUCUUUUUUUUAGCUAGAAGACAAAAUGUUUUAUUUUAAAACAUUGAAAAAACAUUAAAAGACAAAUGCCCAUUAAUUAACCAGGAAUGCUAAAUAUAUGGAAACUGUAAAUCUCUAAAAUGUGGUAGGUACUUCCAAAGUUAAAUGUUGGAAAUUAUCCUACUUUUUUUCUGUAACAUCAACAGAACAGUACCGAUAUGAUGAAAACUAACAAAAAGACCUUACUAAUUAUCCAGUCAAAGUCAUCAUCUUUGGGUAAAUUUAUAUCAACACAAGUUAAAAUUUUGUCAAAGAUGUUCCUGACGCAUGAAGCUUCCAGCUGAAUUUCAGAAACGUUAACAAAAGUGUCAUCGUUUUUUGCUGUGAAUGUUUGAGUAUUGCUGUACUGUUGGCUCAUCUAAACUACAGAUAGUGGUUCUAGGCCUGCCCAAGGAUCUUCAAGCGUUGAAGGCUUGAAAUAAUUUUCCAACUCAUUAGACAUUUCUGUUUUCUCAAACACUCCGUGAUCCAAAUGGUGCAAAUUUCAUUGGAGAACCUGGGGGUGGGUCUGCUGCUGCCCUGGGAAGUAGCCGAAUUGCUGCUGGGACCCCGAGGGGGACCUGGAGUAGGAGCCAGGGUAGCCGCCAGGGUACGGAGACCCGAACCGGGCCCCGGGAAGCUGCCAUCGUGUCGCAGGGUGGCUGUUCCCAUAGGGGUCUAGACCGGGCCCUUCGGCGGCCUGUGGUGUGGACUCCCAUAUCCGUCUUGAGGAGAGGGCGGCCGUGGUCGGCCCCAACCCGGGAUGCCCUGCAAGCUGCUUCCGCUACCCCAACCUCCUCCACCUGGACCAGGGUAAGGAGGAGUCGGGGCAGAAAAUUCUGUUGCUGCAUAUCAGGAGCGGGAUCUGAAGUCCUCGCAGCCUCGUUCUCCUCUGCCUUAAUUUAAAUGUUCACCCAGGAGUUAUUCAGGUACAAAUUAUUUAAUUUCCAUGUAUCGGUGUAGUUUUGAAAGGUGAUCUUGAUACUGAUUUCUGUUUUUGUCACACUGUGGUCAGAGUGUAUGCUUGGUAUGAUUUCAAACUUUGUGAAUUUAUUGAGGCUUGCUUUAUGGCCAAGCAUGUGGUUGAUCUUAGACUAUGUUCUGUGUGCACAUGAGGAUCUAUCUUCUGUGUUUGCUGGGUCAAGUGUUCUGUAGAUGUCUAUCAGUUCCAUUCGGUCAACUGUCAAGUGUAAGUACAGGGUUUGUUCGUUUUCUACGUUAAUGAUCUGUCUAUUGCUGUUAGUGGGGUAUUGAAGACUCCUGCUAUUAUUGUGUGGUUGUCUAAAUCUUUUUGUAGGCCAGGAAAAGCUUGUUUUAUGAAUUUAGGUGCUCCAAUGUUGGGUGUGUGCAUAUUUGGGCUGAGUCUUCUGGUUGGAUUGUGCCCUUUGCCAUUCUAUAAUGCCCUGCUUUGUCCUUAAUUUUUAUAGGUUCAAAAUGUUUUCUCAAACACAAAAUGUUUUAUUGCUGGGCAUGGUGGCUCACACUUGUAAUCCCAGCACUUUGGGAGGCUGAGGCAGGCAGAUCACAAGAUCAGGAGUUCGAGACCAGCCUGGCCAACAUGGUGAAACCCUGUCUAUACUAAAAAUACAAAAAUUAGCCAGGCAUGGUGGCAGGCUCCUAUAGUCCCAACUACUUAAGAGGCUGAGGCAGGAGAAUCAUUUGAACCCGGGAGGUGGAGGUUGCAGUGAGUCGAGAUUGUGCCGCUACACUCCAGCCUGGGUGAUAGAGCAAGACUCCAUCUCAAUAUAUAGAUAUGUUUUAUCUAACAUAAGAAUAAUGACUCCUGCUCUUUUUCGUUUUCCAUUUGCAUGAUAGAUCUUUCUCUGUCCCUUUACUUUCAGCCUGUGGAUGUCGCUAGGAAUGAGUUAGGUUUCUUGGAAACAGCAGAUGGUUGAGUCUUGUCUUUUGACCCAGCCUGUCACUUUUUGUCUUUUGAGUGGGGUGUUUAGCCUGUUUACAUUCAGGGUUAGUAUCGAUGUGAGAUUUUUAUGCUGUCGUUGUUGUUACUUGGUUGUUGGAUAGACUUGUGUGGCUGCUCGGCAUUGCCUAUGGGCUAUGUGCUUAAAUGUAUUUUUGUGGUAACAGGUUCUUGCAGUUACGUGUUUAGCACUUUCUAAAGGAUCUUGUAUACGGCUGGUCCAGUUGAAAUGAAUUCCCUCAGUGUUUAUUUCUCUGAGGAUUUUAUUUAUCCAUCACUUAAAAAGCUUUUCGGUGGGGUAUGAAAUUCUUAAUUGGAAUUUGUUUUCUUUAAGGACACUGAAAACAGAUCCCCAGUCUCUUCUGGCUUGUGAGGGUCCUGCUGAAAGGUCUGCUGCCAGCCUGAGGGGUCCCAUGUGUGUAACCUGGCCCUUCUCUUCUGCUUUCUUUAGGGUCUUUUCCUUUUGCAUUGACCUUGGUGAAUCUGAUGACUGUGUGCCUUGAGGACGAUCGUCUUAUAUAGUAUCUAACUUGGUUCUCUGCAUUGCUUGGAUUUACAUGUCAACCUUUCUAGCAAGAUUAGGGAAAGUUACAUGAACUGUAUCCUUAAACGUAUUUUCCAAGUUGUUUCUUCUCUCCCCUUUUCUCUCAGGAAUGCCAAUGAGUCAUAGGCUUGGUCUCUUUACCUAAUCCCAUAUUUCUCUGAAGUUUUGCUCAUUUUUAAAAAUUAUUCUUUUUUGUCUGAGUUGGUUAGAAGAACUCUGAGAUUCUUUCCUCAGCUUAGUCUGUUCUGCUGUUAAUACUUCCAAUUGUAUUAUAAAACUCUUACAGUGAAUUUUUCAGCUAUAGAAGUUCAGUUUUGUUCUUUCUUAAAAAGGCCAUUUCAUCUUUCAGCUCUUGGAUUACUUUGCUGGAAUCCUUGGAUUAGUUUCCAACUUUCUUCUGAAUCUUGCUGAGCUUCCUUGCCGUGCAGAUUCUGUUUUCUACAUCUGUCACUUCAGACGUUUCCGACUGGCUAAGAACCAUUGCCAGGGAGCUCGUGGGGUAACAUUUGGAGGUGAGGAGACACUCUGGCUUUUUGAAUUGCCAGAGUUCUUGUGCUGAUUUCUUCUCAUCUGAGAGGGUUGGUAUUCCUUUAACUGUGGUGUUAGUUGAGUAUAGUCAGUUGGCUGCAUUUCUUCGUGGUUUUCUGAGGGCCAAGGCUCUGUGCAGGGUUGAAUUCUUCGGUUUUACAGGAAGGUCUUAGUAAACUAUUUUUGUAGUUUGGGCUGAAUUCCAGUAGAUGGCGCUUAAGAGUAAUGGUCGGUAGAUGGAUCUUAGCCACAUAGCCCCUUUGUAUUUUCUGGUGUUUGUGGCUGUGCUUUGUGGUACAGUGGGAAGAGAGGUGACCACCUCAUCAGGUCCGCUCCUGGGCCCUGGGGGAGUCCCUUCCAACCAAUGGCACUGUGCCCAGGUCUCUUUUGUCAAGGCUGUGGUAGGGAGAGAGACCACUCGUUUUCCAGCCAGCUGGCCCUGCAGAGGGAGGCACGCCCCCUGCUGUGGUAGCCCACAAGUUCGCGUAACUCAGUCCUCAGUACUGAGUGUGGGCUCUUCUGCUCUAGUGCCUGCCACAGAUCUCGCCUUGGCACUCCCAAGCUGCAACCUUGCAGGCUUAGGCUUUUUUUUCCCUCCUCAGGUUAGGGACAGCAGGGGUGGGACCCUGGCAGUGGUAAUGGCAGAGGGCCUAUCAGUUGCCUCUGGAGACUCUACCCCAGACAAGUGCAAAACCACAGCCAACUGGAGUGAUCAGCCAGGGUUGGGGCAAUGUGCUGCUGGCCCCAAGCUGGGGGUCCUGCCUGAAGAGCAGGUGGUCAGGCAGCCCGAUCCAGAAGUCUGACCUCCUAUCCGUGGGAUGCUGUGAGUAAGUGAUCUUUAUUCCCUCCCUAGCCUGGAGGAAACAAGGACAGGUACUGUGGUGGCAGCAAUGGCUGGGGCCUGUCAGUUGUCUCUGGAGCUCUAUCCCAGAGAAACACAGAGCCACCACCAACUGAAGUGAUCAGGCAGAACCUGUGCUGGGCCCAAGCCAGGAGGCACCGUGCCCAGUGAGGAGCAGCAGGGCCAGGGACUCGUGUGGAAAAUGGUCUGGCUGCCUCUCCAUGCGGCAGCUGUGGUGUGCUGGAGGCCUGUAACAGCUGUCGGGCUUUUUGCUCCCUCUGCAGCCUGAGGGCAGCAGCCACACAGGCUUCAGCAGUGCAGAGGGCCUGUUGGUUACCCCUGGGAGCUCCAUCCCAGAGAAAUGAAGGCUGUGACCAGCUGCAGUGUUCAGGUGGAGGGUAGGAUGGCUGUGAUGGAGGCCCAGGUCAGUGGGCCUUGCCUGGCCAGGUGCAGCAGAGGUGAGGCCUGCAGUCUGCUCCUCAGCACCAUGGAUAUGGCCCCUAUCCUAGGGGCACACAAAAGACCCUGGCCUAUCUUGCUGGCUAGACUAUGGCAGCUGGUGUUGGGCCUCUCAGGGAUCCACACUGGCUUGAGCAGUGGCUCUGCCCAGACUCCAAGCAGCUUUCUGUGUCAGUCUAGAGCCCCAGAGUGUCUGUGGGGGGCGGGUGGAGUCAUGAACUCCUGUGCCAGGGGACUGCAAAGGACCAUGGCAGAAGUGUGGGUCCCCAGAAGCUUUCACUCACCCUUUCCCGGCUGUAGGGAGCCUCCCCUUGCUCUGCACCAAUCCCAGGUGGGCAGCUCUCUUGCCUUCCUCCCCUCUGCUGGCCAUGAGUCACCACUGCUUCCUGGAUGAAUCCCAACACAGCCUGCGGGACGAUCAACCUGAAGAGCUCGUGUUCAUUCACCACUCGGUCUCCUCUUGGGAGAGCUGCGCACACCAGCUGCUUCUGAUCAGCCACCUUGGUGCUGCAGGUACUUGUUUUCUUAAGUAGAAUUUACUAACUUGGAAUAGAAUCAUCCAAAACUUAAGAGCAAACCGUUUAUUUUAUAAAUAGAGGGACAGAAAGACGUAGAGGGAGAAAGUAAUUCUAGUGGGCCAAGUUCUGUAACUGCAGUGCACAGAAGUGUUUUUGUUGCCUUACCUAUAGUGAAAUUAUUUCACAUCAGGCAUCUUGCUGACAAAAAGCGAUGCUUACUGCAAUAUAAAACCACUGCCUUGAAACACUACUAUACAGAACUCUGUAACAUUCCUGACAGCUGGUUCCCAGCAUGGAUGUAAAGAACUUAAAUGAAAUUCAUCAGACUCAAAUAUUAAGUAAAUAAUUUAAUGAUGAUAGAACAUGACAUUUCUUUAGACACAGUAUUUUCAAGUUAUAUUUUUGCCUGGAGUACAGAUACGAAAUGGCACAAACUGUACCCUGAAUUAAGCAAACAAUGAAAAAAUAAAAAUUCUCCCAACCCAGGCUUCCACUGACCACUCCCACUUGCCUCAGACUAUUUCUAUUGGAGAUAUCUAGUGAAAUCUCUAAUGGAAGAUAUCUAGUGAAAUCUCUAAUGGCCUGUGGGAAGAUUCCUGACAGCAGCCUAGUUUCCAGGCACUGAGCAUGGGACUGCGGGCUCUGAAGCAGUUUAACUCCUGUGGAAAGCCAGUCCCAUUUCUAUUUUGCUUCAAUCCAGGCCUGGUCAGAUAAAAGCACCACUCAGUAGCUACUGACCAUUUAAGUAUGGGGGAAAAGCAAAGUAGAAAACUUUUCUCUUAAAGAAAAAGCAAAUA